AUGGUGUCGGUAGAAAGUCUCGUGUCGGAGGUGACCCCAUUAUUUGGCUAUCAGUUAAUGUUAAAAGCAGCGGAUGAGUUAUUUUUUGGUGACAAAAUGCUCUACCACUAUCACUCAAACGAUGGAUCAAAAAGGGAAAUACCGGGUAGCGGUGAUCCAGAACGUCGCAAGGGUAAGAGCAAGGAUCAAAAAAACAAAAGUCAUAGUGACAGUGUGCAUGAAAAGCCUGUUGGGUCAGAUGGUCUACGUGACGCUAUUGCUAGUGCCAGAAAGACAUUGAAGCAAGCUCUGGAAGAUACUAAUGAUGAUCCAGCUGCUGAUGCUCUAACGAAAUUAACUGAAGAAAUUGCCGUAUUAAAGAAAACUAGUGAUCAAAUGCGAAAUGAAAUUACAAAACUACGGGAAGAUUUCCAGAAAAUACUGGAUUAUACCCACCAGGGUAGUGAUAUCCCUCUAUCUGCCCUGACAAAGCAGUCGUCAUCGGAAAUUCAGGAACCACUACAAGCAUCGAAGGAGGAUGAUUUUGAUUUAUUUGGAUCAUCGGAUGAGGAGGAAGAUGCAGAAAAAGAACGUGUCAAGCAGGAGAGACUGAAGGCUUAUGCUGAGAAAAAAGCAAAGAAACCAGAAUGCAUUGCCAAAUCUUCUAUUAUUUUGGAUGUGAAACCUUGGGACGACACGACAGAUAUGCAAGAAAUGGCGAAACUUGUAAGGAGGAUUGAAAAAGAUGGUCUCGUCUGGGGUGGUGCAAAAUUGAUCCCGCUUGCCUACGGUAUUAAAGUGCUUCAAAUUAUCUGCGUUGUGGAAGAUGAAAAAGUUUCUGUGGAUGAUCUUAUCGAACAGAUAACCGACGAAGUAUCAGACCAUGUACAAAGUGUCGACAUCGUCGCUUUCAACAAAAUUUGAGAAGCAAAUACUUCCUGAUAAACUUCUCGUCUUUAUCAGUUCUCUUUUUUUUUCGUUUAUUGAAAAAUAUAUUUUCUUAUUGAUAAAAUUCAUUGUUUUGCUUUCCAUGCAAAUGUAACUGUGCAAGUGCAAAGGAAUGGAUUUUACGUGGCAGGAUUUUAAUAAUACCUUGUUUCAAAGACUACUGAGAGUUCGUCGAAUGAUUAUCUUAUUUAAAGGCUCUCUGCAAGAUAAGUUGUUUCCUUUUUGUUGGGAGUGAUUGUUUUACAACCGCUCAUUUAUUAGUUUCUCUGCAUUGUCGGUUUUUUUGUUGAAACAAAUGACAAACAAAAUAUUAAGGUGACAGUACUGACUAAUCCUGUCAACAGAAAUUUGACAGGUGUUGCUGUUUUGAUCAUUCGUAUCUUUUACCAUAUUGUACAGGUGAGGGAUAUUCAGGUACAUCAGUAGCGUUCUUGUUCUCCUAUCUUCCUCGCACAUAACAGGCAUACCGAUAAAAGAAGUCCUCUGAGAGGAACGAACAUCUGUGACGUAAUUACUAACACCUUAAAUGUACCGCUAUUGUUCCUAGAUGAAACAAUAAGGUCGUAUGUUUCUAUAUUUUCUUUGAAGUGGAUCGCCUAUUUGUCCAUUCAUGUUAUGGUACUGUCGUCGAUGAUUUGUUAUGUGUCGUUAAAUUUUAUUGGUUCUGUUGGUGGUUGUAUAGAUUUCUUCGGCUAGCUUGAAAUACCUUCGGAUACAAAACUGAUCCUUGAAUUUAUUCAAGACGGUACAGUAUCCAUCUCUCCGUGAUAAAAUGCCGACAUGCAACAGUUAUGAUUUUUGCCAUGUCAAUGAGCGUUAAUUUGAAUAAAAUCUUAUGAUAAC